ACGCAGAUUGAGAUUCUCUGUGUUUACGACGGUCAUGAGCUUAUAAUCUCGUGCCAUAUUGUAGAAAAUUCCAAAUAACUCUGUAUGAGUGUUUGAAGAUGAUGUUGGAUUUUUAGUGUUCUCUGGAUGUCUCAGUUCAAGUCAGAUUUUUAGACCAUUCUCUGUGGAAUAUCUCUCGUGGUAACACAUAAAAUCUCGUGAUUGUGGGGCAGCAUGAGUUUCUCACUGAAGGAGAUUAAUCAGCUGCAAAAGGUGGAUUUUGUCGAGGUGUUCAGCAAUGUGGUGGAGUGUUAUCCGGAAGCUGCUGAAAGUGUCUCAAAUUUAGCUCCAUUUGACACAUUUUCUGCCCUCUUGGAGGCUUUUAUGACGCAUCUGGAUCAAUUGGAUUCACUGAAAAAGCUUAGGAUUAUUAAAUUGCAUCCGCAUUUGGUGCCUGAAAUUAACAAGGAAGAGCUUACGGAGGAAUCUGCUUCAGAACAGUCCACAGUUGGUCUCAAUCGGAUUGGUAAUGCUGAGAAAAAGGCCAUCCUGAGGCGGAACAUUGAGGAAUAUUGGGAGAAAUUUGAUUUUCCUUUUGUGAUUUGUGUGAGGGAAUGCAAAAAUACGGACGAUAUCAUUGAUUCUGUCCAGGAGAGGCUAUCGAGAACGUCUGCUGAGGAGAUUCAUGUGGCAUUUGAGCAUGUGAAAAAAAUAACAGCACUACGGAUUAGUGAUAUCGUAGCGCACUAAAGAAAAGUUAAUUCAAGGAAGAGAUUGUUCGAUAAAGUAUUGUUUUAUUACUUCUCUUCUUGCCUUUUUCAUUACACGUGAAUGUUUACACUAUUUUAAUGUGUUUUUGCGUACAGAUACAAAAUAUAUUUCCAUUUUUUUCACCUU